UGGCGUGUCUAUUUAUAGGAAUAGACUGGAAUAGAACUCGCAAGAGUUACAACAGGGCGACACACGAUCUGGGCAUGGACAUGGUGGACCGGUUACCUGGCCACUCUGCACUAAAUAAUCAGACACUCAAACAAAACAAACACUGGAAUCUACGCUAAACCCUAACCUGGGAGAUCAAAAUGCCUACGAGCCAAACUAGAUCUAGGACGAGAGACCGGAACAACGCGCUGAACAGAGCGGAGUUCGUGUCUCUUCUUCAGCAGCCGCUGAGGAGCAACAGUAAUGCCGAAGCUCGUGCGCGGAGGCCGUCGCACAAACAGCCGCAGUGUGCACACGCGAGCGGCGGAGACAGCACGCAGCAGGAGCCGGGAGACAGCAACAAGGACAGAAAAGAGCUCCCGGAGGAGGAUUGCAUGCAGCUCAACCCGUCAUUCAAGGGCAUCGCGAUGAACUCUCUGCUAGCCAUAGAUAUCUGCAUGUCAAAGCGACUCGGCGUGUGCGCGCAUGCGACAUCGUCAUGGGGCAGCGCGCGCGCCAUGAUCAAACUGCUCGCGCUCACCGGCCACGGCAUCCCGUGGAUCAUCGGCACGCUGGUGUGUCUCACCAGGAGCAACACACUAGCUGGCCAGGAGGUUUUAGUCAAUUUGCUGCUUGCUCUCAUAUUGGAUGUGAUGACUGUGGCAGGAAUGCAGAAGUUGGUGAAACGCAAAGGGCCCUGGGAGAUGUCACCCAGUUUCCUUGACUACCUGGCCAUGGACACCUACUCCUUCCCAGCAGCCCAUGCGAGUCGGGCAGCCAUGGUGUCUAAGUUCUUGCUAGCACACUUGGUUCUUGCAGUUCCUUUGCGCAUUUUGCUUGUUCUGUGGGCCAUGCUAGUGGGUAUGUCACGUGUACUGCUCGGUCGCCACCACCUCACAGACGUAGGAUGUGGCUUUGCUCUAGGAUUUCUUCAUUACAGUCUAGUGGAGAUGGUGUGGUUGUCGUCCAGCACAUGUCAGGCUUUAAUCUCUAUUGGGACACUUAACUGGAGCCCCCUGUAUUGAUCAGUGUGUGAUUACCUGCAGCCUUUUAAUCAGGCUAAAACCUGUUGGCCCAGUGCCCAUACUGCAGAGUUAUAGUGAUAAUGUAUUUGUGCAUAUUUGGAGAGAAUCUAAAGUAGUUUUGAAAGUUGAAUUAAAACAUUUUAUUUUCUGCAGAGUUAUAUAGGCCUGAUAUUUGAGAGGCAGUAGGGAUGCACACAGGCUGGAAAUUUGCUGAAAACAUAUCAAGGUCCAUGCAAUGAAUUCUACUGUUUUGCAUGGUUAUAUAGCAAAAACAUCUACAGUGGUGCUUGAAAGUUUGUGAACCCUUUAGAAUGUUCUAUAUUUCUGCAUAAAUAUGACCUAAAACAUCACCAGAUUUUCUCACAAGUCCUAAAAGUAGAUAAAGAGAACCCAAUUAAACAAAUGAGACAAAAUAUUAUACUUGACAAUUUAUUUAGAGGAAAAUGAUCCAAUAUCUGUGAGUGGCGAAAGUAUGUGAACCUUUGCUUUCAGUAUCUGGUGUGACCCCUUGUACAGCAAUAAGUGCAAUGAAGCACUUAUAAGGUGCUCAUUCACCUCCUGAUUGUUAACCCAUUGAUUGAAAACACCUGUCUCUAAUUUCACCUUCAAAUUAACUGCUAAUCCUAGAUGUUCACAUACUUUUGCCACUCACAGAUAUGUAAUAUUGGAUAAUUUUCCUCAAUAAAUAAAUGACCAAGUAUAAUAAUUUUGUAUCAUUUGUUGAAUUAGAUUCUUUUUGUCUUUGUUGAUGUUUAGGUCAUAUUUAUACAGCAAUAUAGAACAUUCUAACGGGUUCACAAACUUUCAAGCACCACUGUAUAUGAAAUGUAUGUGAUUAUUUGCUUUGCAUUUUUUGUGUUGCUGUUCUGAGUGAGAGAAUGUUUGCUCAGGGAUUUUUGCAACAGCAAUAUACUGUGUCAUAUAAAAUCUGUUUUAUUUGGUAUUGGAUAUAAUUUUAGAACAAAACAUUGAAAAUGUUGGAAGUAUGGAAAGAGAAAAAAGGGAAAAAGCUUACUGUCGAAAAAAAAAAGUCUACAGUAUUCUGUAUAUACACAUGUAUGUACAUGUGUAAAUACAUAUUAAUCAUGGUUGAUUAAUAUAUGUGUAAUUACUGGAGCUGUGUAACAUACCUUACGAUUUAUUAUGAACAUUUGACAGAAGAGUUAUACUAUGUGAGACUAUUGUGUGUUUGUGUGGAGAGAGAGAGAGAGAGAGAGAGAGAGAGAGAGAGAUUGAGAUUACCUUUAUAUUGUUUACUUAUUAACCUAAAGUAUGCAAGAAUAUUUGAUAGAAAAUCUAAAUCCAGAAAUGUAUUUUAUGGUGACAAAUUAAUGCAUUGUUCCAGUAUAGAUAAUUAUACACCCAGUGUCUUUUUGAAUAAAGUUUGACAUGCAACCAUCUGCAUGUUAUCAUGUCUAGUCAUUUUAUGGGGUCCAAACUUGGAAUUUGAUAACAACCAGUAAUUAAUAGUGCAAUUUUUUUUUUUUUACUUAUUUCAUUUUAUUAAAAAGUCAGAGCAACUGUCAAGGAUGCUGAAGUGUUAGCCUUUUCUAUAUAUAGGCUAACACUUAUAAUAUAUAUUUUUGUGUUUUAAGUAUAUUCAGAUAAUACAAAACAUUGGCAUGUGUACAUUGAAAGGAAGAAAAAUUGUCUCUUGUGAUCAGGCGACAGUCAAUAACUUUUGAA